AUGGGUGGACUAAUUUUAUCUUUUUCACAUGCUGGUAUUGUGCGGAUAGAGGAAGAUGAGAUUUCGUACCGCAUGGAGCAGAUUGCUUCGUCAGAUAAUCAUAAUCACGAAGAUGCGUUAGUGCCAAUUGAUAGCCUUCCAAAUCAUUUGACUGAAAGGACAGUGAUUGUAUUUGAUUCAGUUUUUUCAGGUGAGAAACAGAAAAGGAAGAACGUUUAUGAAGGUAUUUUGAAGCCCUUAUUUUUGCUUCUAAAUAUUCGGCACCGCUAUAUAAGAACAACCACUUCUCACACAAUAUCUGAUAAUGCAGCCAAAUUAGAGAUAUCAAAGUCAUAUUUGAUAAUUAUGAUCUCUGGCGACACAUCUUUAAAUGAAUUGAUUAAUGCUAUGUCGAACGGAAUGGACGUGGCUGUUUUGAUGAUGAUUCAAGGUACAGGAAACGCAUUCGCUAAUUCUAUAGGUCUGGGAUCUGUUUUUGAUGCAGUCAGAGCGCUAUUUAUUGGGAAAUUGUCAUAUUUUCCCCUUUAUGAAGCGAAAUUUGAUCCCCCUGGGUUUUUGAUUAAUGAAAAACAACAACUGACUCGUAAAGUCAAUCAAAUGCUUUUUUUUGUUGUGGGGUCAUGGGGCUUGCAUGCAAGCUUGGUGGCCGAAUCCGCAUCUCUAACAAUGCGAGCGAAGUACGGUAAUGAACGAUUCAAAAAGGCGGCUGAAUCAAUUUUACAGAAGAAUCCUGCCUUUUUGGGAUCGAUUACGUUACUUAGGAAGAAUGGUGAAAGACAAGUUAUUGAAGACAACCAGCCCUUUUCAUAUUUCAUCAUGUCAGCAAUGCCAAAGUUUGAAGCAUCCUUCCUCAUCUCACCAAAGUCGGAUCCUUCGAAGUCCGAACUUCACUUAUUAUAUUUUAGGCAUACGAAGGCCUCAACGACGAUGAAACUAAUGGAUAAGGCUUAUAAUAAUGGAAAACACAUCGAGGACCCACUUGUAAAAUAUAUUCGUAUAAAUGAUGGCCAAUCUGUGGAAUUAGCGGUAUCUGAUUCAGUGUAUGAUCCCGCUUGUUCUAAAAUAUGUCUUGAUGGCAGUAUAGUUUUGCUUCAAGGUAUACACAGAAAGAUUACAUUCAGUUGUUCGAGUGCAAAUUCUUUAUUAUAUUUGAAAUAA